GAUCAAAACUUUAGAAACUCGAUCGAUGGCGAUGAAACCACAUGGGAAGUCCAUUGUCUCCGACUGCGAUGAGAAAGUUGUGUUCUUCAAAGAUCUCUCCCUGGGUCACCACGAAGCGGAGUUGCGGUUUCGGCUCAUCCAUUUCUGGGAGGCUUGGAACCCACUGAAGAAGACGCUCAUCGGCAUGGAGAUGCUACUCAUCGACGAGAAGGGCACUGUUAUUCAAGGAUUCGUUUCCCCGGGGCGUAUCCAAAAAUAUCUGCCUGAUAUGAGACGAGGAUCUGUUUACAAACUCAACAACUUCUACGGAUCGAGGAACAAAUCUGUGUUUCGGGUUGCUGAUCAUGCCGUUACAGUGUCGUUCUCAUGGAACUCGGAGUUAGCGGUUCUUCUAGACUGUCCCACUCAUUUUGAUGAGGACCGUUUUCGGUUCCAUUCAUGUGAAGAGUUUCAAGCUAACUGCGACCUCAAAGGAGACCUCUACGAUGUUGUUGGCCACAUGAAGUUGGUUAAUGGUCAGAGUAUCGUUGAGGGCCCAGUUCUUGACGAAGUGGAGAUAACAAAGGCGAGGCGUGUUCUGAUUCAUGUCCAAUCACAUGAUGGACCGGUCAUGAAGUUAUAUCUUUGGGAUCAGGCUGCAAGAGAUUUCUGCAGAAAGUUCAAGUCGUGCGAGGGCACACCCACUGUGUUACUGGUCACGACCGUUAACACGAAGACUCUCGGAGGUACUCUUGCUUUGACCUCAAUGUCCUCUUCGCGUGUGUUUAUGGACUACGAUGUCCAACCUACCAUAGAUUACUUCAGUUGGUUGGGCUCUAAUCCAGAUAUUGCUGAGCAGGUUAAUGCAGAGGUUGUAACCAAGCGUGAGGCAAUGACUAUAGGGGAAAUAUUCUCAUACAUCGGGCAGGAAUUUCCAAAGGACGCCUUCUUUGAGUGCACGGCCACGAUCGAUGACGUCGUGCAUGGUUCUUCGUGGUACUACAUUGCCUGCAGUGGGUGCCAUAGUAAGGUUAACAAAGGUCCAACUUCGUUGCUCUGUUCAAACAAGAAGUGUGGAAAGGUUAACGUAUCUGGUGUUCCACAGUACCUGUCAAAGAUAUCUGUUUAUGACAACAGUGACCAAGCUGUUUUUGUGUUACUUGGUGAUGCCGGUCGUGAGCUGACUGGGAAGCCAGCAUCAGAGUUAGUCAGAAGUUAUUUUGAGGCUAAUGGGAACGUAGAAGUUGGCCAUGAGGCGCCUGUUCCUGAAGCUCUAAUCAGCACUAUCGGUCAGAAGCAUAAGUUUUGUGUCAAAGUAACAGAUCAUAACUUUUCAGGCAAGACCCGAUCUCUCACCGUGACCAAGAUCCUCCCUCUAGACACUCCACCAGCCACAGUGUCUUCGGAAGGUAACCAAACUACUGCGACUUCUGAGGAGACAUCUGAAAACCGUGUGGAUUCAGCAGAUGGGAGUAAGAGAACCUGUUACAGUUCUGAGGUGGAGAGAGCUAAACGCCCUAAGUGUGGGAACUAGAGUUCUCAUGUCACUUCUCAAAGUUUGCAGUUUACGUGUUUGUCUUAUUUACAGUUGCAUGCAUGGUUUUUCAUUUUGACUUCUCAAAGUUUGCAGUUUACGUGUUUGCUUAUUUACAAUUGCAUGCAUGGUUUUUUUCAUUUUGUCUUUGAAUUAUGAGAGUUUUUUACCUUGACUAUGGUUUUCUCUCAUGUUGAAUUAUCAGAGUUUUUUUUAAGAAUCAUUUGUUAUCAAAUAUCAGAGUAUUUUACUAAAUUGGGUCAACAAGUUAAUUUC